AUGUCGGUUUUUUCGUUAGAUGCAAGCCACGGCAAUCCGGUCACGAAAGAGACACUCGAAGCACUAUGCUCCCAGCUUGGGGUCAACAUCGAUGAUAAAGAGAAGGAAGAUUAUCGUCGUUUGCUUGCUGUAUUCCACGAUGCAAGCGAACAAUUGAUGGCCAUGGACGUUGACAAAGAACGCUUUUCUAGAGAAGACAUCUACUUCCCGGAGAAAUCUGACAAUGCUCAUGGAGCGUGGGCAUGGAGAUGCAACAUUGUUGACAAGAAAGCCAAAGGCAAUGGUAAACUUCAUGGUAAAACGUUUGCUCUGAAAGACAAUGUUGCAGUGAAAGAUGUCCCAAUGCUACUAGGCACGAAUUUCAUCAAAGGAUAUGUUCCAGAUGUCGAUGCAACUGUCACUACACGUAUCCUAGAAGCUGGUGGUCAGAUUCUCGGUAAAGCUGUUUGCGAAAACAUGUGUCAUUCUGCGACAAGUCAUUCGUCAGGCACUGGAGUAGUGGAAAACCCGUUCGCCAAGGGUUAUAGCGCUGGCGGAAGUUCGAGCGGCUCGGGUGUACUUGUAGCACUGGGGGAGGUUGACGGAGCGAUCGGUGCAGACCAAGGUGGUAGCAUCCGCGUCCCAGCCGCCAACUGCGGGAUCAUUGGAUUGAAACCUACCUUUGGCCUUGUACCAUAUACGGGAUGUGGAAGUAACGAGCCCACAAACGACCACGUUGGCCCAAUGACACGAACAGUGCUCGAGAAUGCCGUGUUGCUGGAAGCCAUCGCUGGCACCGAUAACAUUGACGACCGUUCCUUCGCUGCUCCCCAUCCAUCCAAGAUACCCAUCUACAGCUCCAUCAACAAUCUCCCCAAGCAAAAACCACUUCAAGGCAAAAGCUUCGCCAUAAUCACCGAAUCUCUUUCAACACCUGCCCUAGACUCACGAGUGAUCCAAACAUUCCGCACCGCUGUCUCCAAAUACACAGACCUCGGCGCCACGGUCACGGAAAUUUCGAUACCACUUCACUCCAAAGGCGCUGCGAUAUGGACCGGAGUAUCAAAAGUCGGCGGCUUCCUCGCCAAAACCACCGGUUCAUUCGGACGCCGCGGACACCAGAUGCUCGAUCUAAACUCGUUGUUACAUCCCAUGGGCCAGGAAAACUGGAAUGAAGCCUACGCCUCGACAAAGAAUAUAUACUUGAACGGUCUCUACGCUACGCAAAAAUUUCCCAAUCUCCUCGCCAAGGCGACUAAUCUGUCUCGACAAUUGCGUGACGCUUACGAUAUGGCGCUCCAGCAAUACGAUAUCUUGCUUACGCCUACACUGCCUUAUGUAGCGACGAGUCAUGCAAGUGUCGAUGCGACACCGCUCGAGCAGAUUGCGAAACAGAUUGGAUUGACGUCCAACACGGCGCCAUUCAACCAAAGUGGGCAUCCAGUAUUGGCCAUGCCGAUUGGUAUGUUGCCGGUACUAGAAGGACCUGGAGUCGAGGAAGGGAUCAAGUUACCGGUUAGCAUGCAGGUCAUUGGGAAGUGGUGGGAUGAAGUAGGUGUUUUCGAAGCGGCGUUUGCGUGGGAGAGGGAGAAUGACUGGAGAGGUAUGUGA